GCAGUAGCUCGUCACUCCAGUGCCAAGCUGAUCAUCUCUAAACCCCUAAAACCCUAGCGCUCUCUCUCACUCUCUCUAAUACCGUCACUUUCUCUCUCUAACCGUCGAUGCCCAUGGCGCUGUCCUCUCUCCGUCUCCGCCGAGCCCUAUCUAUCUCCUCUUCCCUCAUCAAACACCAUACACCGAUCUCCACACUCCCUUCCAUUUCCACCUCAUCAUCACCCCCCUCCCUCACCAGCAACCCCCAAAACCCUAGUUUCGAUCUCCUUCAACCAUUCCAACAUCAUCUACCAUUUCAGUUCAGGCACUUCAGGUCGUCCUCGAUUCAGCUCUCGUCGGCUAGAACUCCGUAUCGAAACAACAACAACAACGAUGAAAUAGGGCCGGACACGAUUUUGUUUGAGGGUUGUGAUUACAAUCACUGGCUCAUCACCAUGGAUUUUCCCAAGGACCCUGCACCGUCUCGUGAAGAAAUGAUCGAGACCUACCUCCAAACCCUAGCCAAAGUCGUCGGAAGUUACGAAGAGGCAAAGCAGAAGAUGUAUGCUUUUAGCACCACAACUUAUCAUGGUUUUCAGUGUCUGGUGACGGAGGAAAUGUCUGAGAAGUUUAGAGGUUUGCCAGGGGUUGUGUUUAUUUUGCCAGAUUCCUACAUUGAUCCAGUGAACAAAGAAUAUGGAGGAGAUAAGUAUGAGAAUGGAGUAAUCACACCUAGACCACCUCCACUUCAGUAUGGGAGGCAAGGGGGAAGAUAUGGUGAUCGAAAUAGAGAUUUUAACCGGAACCGGCCUAGGGGUCCAAAUCCAAUGCCAAACCAACAAGGUAAUCCUGUGUAUAGCAAUCAGGGACCCAUGCACGGGGAUACAAGGAACUUUGGACAACAACAAAAUUAUCCGAUGCAGCCAAAUUAUGGUCCAGGAAGAGACCCAAUGCCAAUGAACAAUGUUCCCGGAGGAAGAGAUCCAAUGCCAUUGAACAACGCUCCUGGAGGAAGAGAUCCAAUGCCUUCAUAUCAGGCUAAUUACAGCCAAAACGAGCAAGGAUAUUAUAAUCCUCAAGGAGGAAGAAUCCCACCAGAGCAGAGGGAUUAUAUGCCUCCUGGGCAGAGGGAUCUCAGAGGAGACAAUAGGAAUUAUGGACCUCCACAGGGUGUAGCCCAUGGGCAAGGAGCAGGUGGAGAUUAUGGACAAGGACAAGGUGCAGGGGGGAAUUAUGGACAAGGACAAGGUACGGGGAGGAAUUAUGGACAAGGACAAGGAGCGGGGGGGAAUUAUGGGCAAGGGCAAGGAGCAGGGGGGAAUUAUGGGCAAGGACAAGGAGUGGGGGGGAAUUACGGGCAAGGUGCAGGGGGAAAUUAUGGACAAGGUGCAGGGGGAAAUUAUGGACAAGGAGUUGGCUCAUCUCACGGGCAAGAAACAGGUUCUGGCUAUGGGCAUAGUUACCCUGGGCAUGGAGAAGAACAUAGGUUCGCACAGGUGGAGCAGAGGAGCAACAUGCCGGGUGGGCCAAGGAACUAUGCAACCACAACACAUACUUGGCAUAACAAGUGAGUGUUUGAGAAGAUUCGAAUACCUUUGAGAUGAUGCGAUGAAAUAUGACUUCGCCUCUGCAUACUUGUGUAUGUGUGCGUGUGUAUGAGAGAGAAAAACGGACCUAAAGACAUUCUAGAUGCUUUCUGUGGUAAAUAGUCCUAAUCUGUCUGUGUUUCGUUCUCUCUUCCUCUUUUGGAUUAGACGCUAGUAGCAUUUGUUGUCACUGAGUUAACAUAUGCUGGUAUUAAAAUAACAUGAAUUGUGGUAUUCAUUUAUUUCAUGUUGAUCCAGAAGUUGGAUUUGUUUUGUUUCUAA